UGUUUACCUUUCUCAUCUGCAGGUGCUGGUUCAUUUGGUCGUGUUGUUUUAGUGCGUCACAAAGACACCAAAGAAUAUUAUGCACUGAAAAUGAUGUCUAUUGCUGCCGUUGUGCGGUUGAAACAAACUGAACACGUUAAAAGCGAACGUGAAAUCCUAGAAUCCAUUCACCAUCCAUUCAUUGUGAACAUGUCAUGGUCUUACCACGAUCAGAAUUUUCUUUAUAUGCUACUGGAAUAUGUACCUGGUGGUGAACUGUUCUCUUAUCUGCGAAAGUCUGGGUUUUUCAGCAGUGCUUGGGCUAACUUUUUUGCCUGUGAACUGAUCUCAGCCAUAGACUAUCUCCAUAGUAAAUUAAUUGUCUACAGAGAUUUGAAACCAGAAAAUCUCCUCUUAGAUUAUGAAGGCCAUAUGAAAAUUACUGAUUUUGGUUUUGCUAAGAGGCUUCGUGACAGGACGUGGACAUUGUGUGGCACCCCUGAAUAUUUAGCCCCUGAAAUUAUCCAGAGCAAAGGUCACAACAAAGCAGUGGAUUGGUGGUCACUAGGAAUAUUGAUCUAUGAAAUGCUGGUUGGGUAAGUCCAUCUGGUUUUGUAUUUGUGUCAAUCCUCAUAAUGUAUAUUAUAGAAUUGGGGUCUGUAGACAACUGAGUCGUU